AUGCCCACGUUUGUAAGACAGUUGCUCCAGCUGCACCCUCUCUUUGCUCUCUCGGUCGGCUUUAACACAAGACAUCAACAUCCGCUCGAUCAAACCCCUGAGCACCUCAGCGUGUUGUUCGCUGUCUCGGGUCCCGCCGUGUCGAGCUCUGUGUCUGUAUCGCUUAUCUUUAAUCAGCCAUCAGCAUCACAUCGGUCAAACUCUGCAACACUUCCGCGUGUGUUGCUCGCUGUUUCGGAACCCGCCAUCUGGAUACUCGCCGCCUCGGAUCCCAUUGUCCCCAAUCCUGCUGUCUUGCGCGCUUCACUCGUCGGGGCUUUGUUGCAAUCGCUCCGAUCGCGCCGACUGGCCCAUCCUCCCCCAGUCCCGACUCUUUUCGAAGGCCUCGUGCCCAUUACGCCACCCCCGAACGCCAAGACGUCUGCAUAA